AUGGACUUCGAAUCACUAUCAACAGUCACUCCAGGCAUGCCUGGCAGAUCGGCCAUCAUGGAAGCAGCCUCUUUAGAUCCUUUCAGCGUGCUACGCCUGGCCGUACACUUCUCAAUGCUAAUUGUCCUCCCGCAUUAUAUGUUUACGCACCUUCACAUUGGGCCAAGAUUACAUCACAAAGGACACCAGGUCACUGUCAGGGGCGAAAUCAAAGCAAUCAGGAUGGUUACCAUGAUCAUGUGGGCUGCAGUGGCUUUUGUGUGGGUUGCCUCGAUGGCACAUUUCGGACUUGAUCCUCAGGCUCAAAAAUGGCUGCUUCUGCUUCUUGUACUCUUCAAUGGUCUUGUAUUUACAGCAUUUAUUCCCCCCUUGCCAUACUGCAGAGGUCUACAAAGAAAGUUCAAAAGCAAACCCCUUCUCUUUUUUCUCUUCUUCUUCUCUUCUUUUUAUUUCACCGCCCCUCAGGCACACUCCAACAUGUCAAACACCACCAUCAUGUUCAACAACAGCACAACUCUCCCACCACCGCCGUUUCCUCGGUUUCCUGAUUUUCUGAGCGUGACGGAGUUCUCAGAGUUUAAGCGCUCGAUAUUUAACUUUGUUGUUCUGGGUAUCACUGUUGCAACAGGUGUAGCAAUCUUCGGCCUGAUAUGGGCAGUCUCUCGCAAACUUGACAAUCCCCGUACUUUCUAUGGAGUACCAGAUGUAGAAGUCUCCAAGCCCGUCAAGAGCUACAGAAGGACACUCACUUGCAACAUAUUGGUCCUCGGAGGCUUGCAGUUGUCCUUCAUGUUCUGCUCUUCAGCGAUCCGUUCCUUGAAACGUAAAGAGGGAAACAUCACGCCCGGAGCCCCUCAGGCCUUCAUGUGCUACAUAGUCCUGUUCAUCACCAUUACCGCUCAGACCUUGAACUUGUGGAGGGUAUACAAGAGGUAUGAGCCUCCCAUGGAUGAGGCUAUCGAACUCGGCAACUAUGCCCUCGCAGAUGCCCAAGAACACAGAGUCGAGCCCGCGGAUGCCCAAGAGUGCAGAGUCGAGCAAGAGGCCAAUCCUGCGCCGCCUUACGCGGCCUAUCUCAACAGACCUCUGUAG